GCUCCAAAACCUAGUAAGCUGCCUACCAAGGGAGCAUUUGAAGGCAUCAUAGGCACACUCCUGACCCAAAGGCUGUUAUGAAAAGUUGGCAACUUUAUGGAUUGUUAAACUUGAGUAUUACGUGGUGGGUGGAGUCUCUGAUGCUAAAUGCUAUUUGUGUAGUAUAUAAAACUGCUGCCUAUGUAGAGAUGUACAAGUAUGCCUCUUAUGGGCACUUAUAAUGCAAUUUUAAAAGGCAGACGUCUGCGUAGGCAGCAAGGAGGCUUGGGUUUGGAACAGAGCUAAUGAUUUUGUGUAUUUCAUCUUUGUGGAUGUUCGUUCUGUUGCUGUUCGGUUCAUGUGUGUGUUGUUUAUUUGAUAUGUCGUAAUUAAUCCUUGGGUAGAUAAAAUACAAGGAUUCGCUGGGUCAAGGCACAGCCAUACCGGACCUCCCCGAGAUGAAGCGGGUCAGAGAGAAUCAGAAGCACAUCAGCUCGGUUUUGUAUAAGGACCUCUCUGCCAAGGGAACGCCUGUGGUGUUCACUCCAGAGAUGGAACGGGUCAAACGGAACCAAGUGCAGAUUAGCUCGGUUCUGUACUCUGACAGCUUCCGUAAGCAGGUGCAGGGCAAGGCCGCCUUUGUGCUGGACACCCCUGAGAUGAGACGUGUUAAAGAAACCCAGCGUAUCAUCUCUGGAGUCAGAUACCACGAGGACUUUGAGAAGAGUAAGGGCAGCUUCACCCCCACCAUCUCUGACCCCAUAACUGAGCGUGUGAAGAGGAACACACAGGACUUCAGUGACAUCAACUACCGCGGCAUCCAGCGACGUGUGGUGGAGAUGGAGAGGAGACGUGCAGAGGAACACGAUCAGGAGACCAUCACUGACCUGCGUGUGUGGCGCACAAACCCUGGCUCUGUCUUUGACUAUGACCCUGCCGAGGACAACAUCCAGUCCAGAAGUCUUCACAUGAUGUCAGUCCAAGCCCAGCGCCGCAGCAAGGAGCACUCCCGCUCCACCAGCGCAAUGAGUGGGGUGGGCGAUGAGAAGUCCGAGGUGUCUGAGAACGUGGACCACCAUGCAUCGCUCUACAGCAAUGGCUUUGGUGUCUCCACUUUACACGGAUACACACAGACCAAGACUACAGAGGUUCAGCAGAGAUCCUCCUCUGUGGCAACACAACAGACCACUGUUUCUUCUGUCCCCUCACAUCCCUCAACCACUGGAAAAACUGUCCGUGCCAUGUAUGACUACGCUGGUGCUGACAAUGAUGAGGUGUCCUUCAAGGAUGGUGACGUCAUCGUGAACGUGCAGUCCAUUGAUGAGGGUUGGAUGUAUGGCACUGUGCAGCGUACUGGAAAAACCGGUAUGCUGCCCGCCAACUAUGUGGAAGCCAUCUAAAUACAACUACUGCCCUGUCAAACUCCUUGUGGAUAGGGGAGUUUGAUAUCCACUAAGACAGAAACAAGCAUUUUAUGUGUACUGUUAGUCUAAGUAGUUACGUUACUGUUUGUCCUCAUUACUGUUAUGCAAUUUCGUUUGUGCCCAUGUCACUAAGUCUAUUGUGGUUGUGGCAUGAGAAACUAUACAUACCUAUUUAAGUCACAGACAAUUGUAUUUAUCUUUUUCUUCUAUUCUAACAGUUAAGUAACUGGAGCCCAUUAUUUUUGUAUAUUGCAAUUACACAACAUUCAAAGAAGGCCAUUGUGAAAGUUUUAACAAUUAAACUUUUGCACAAAGAGAGAUGGGCUCAUGGUUCACUUUAUAUGUGAAAAGGAAAACCAGAAGUUCAGUGUUUUAUAAAAACCGAACAGAGGCACUAAAGUUGCCACAUGAAAAUGAACAAAAAAAAACAAAAAAAAACUUGAGAAUGUUGAGGACAAGCCAUCAGUUACUCUAACGUGAAAUGUAUUGAUUUAAACCAAGCCUCCUCCCUCCCUUGCUGAAGGCUGGCCACUAUUUGCAUGUGUGUUUUGUUUCUUUGAUUCUGUGGGUGUAGGAUUAGAGGAAGAUGUAUACCUUGAAUCAGUAGCCAAUAAAGCACACCACGCUUCUGCAGUAAA